AUGUGGGUUAAUGAGGAUUUGAAUUCUAACAGGACAGAGAACGAGUGGCGAUCUCUCUGGCACACAGACUGUCAUCGCGUCUGUCAUUAUGAACUGGAUCAACAUGUAGACUUGGCCUGUCGGAUGGACAUUUACAGAAUCCGGAAACGCUUUGCAGACUGGGAGCGUGCAGCUAAACGGAAACACAUUAACGGGGAAUUCUCUGAAGACAAUGGCGUUUUUAUAGAAAAGUGUCCCUCAAUGAAGUUUUUAUCUCCAGUAAUGGACAUGCGAAGUAAAAAGAAUGUUUUGAACGAGUGUUGCUAUUCCAAAGGAUGUAGCUGGGAAGAAUUCGCAGAAUUUUGUCAGUUUUCUAUAAGACUUCCCGCUACAGAUGCUAACUCCUGUGCGUGAUAAGUUGUCACUCUGUAGAACGAUGUAACCAGUCACUCUGUAGAACGAUGUAACCAGAAAUGGAACAACAGGAAGCCUUUAAUAAUCUUCAU